AUGCUUCCCGAGGACGCCUCCACGGUGCAGACCACCCCUAUCAACCCAAUUUCAACCGAUCCGGAGACCGACAACAAUGACAAGACUCCUCCACGGUCUCAUCCGAGCCGGUCAACCUACUCCGGCACCCUUCUCUUCAACCUCGCCGCCUUCCUCCUGCCGGCGCUCUACUCCACGCUCGCGAAGCUAUGGGUCGCCAACAUUGACUCAUCCAUGGUUGUCACUACGGACGUCUACACCUACAUUGGCGUCAUCACUGAAGUCCUCAACGAAGGUCUGCCGCGCGCAGCGUGGAACAUCAUCGGCGACAAGUCGAAUCGUACACUCUCGGAUCGGCAUGGUCUGUCAUACACCUUGAUUCUGGUCCAGAGUGUGUUGGGAUGCAUCAUGUCCAUUGCCCUCGUCGCUGCAGCGCAACAAUUUGCAACCGCUUUUGUUCCGGGGGAAGUUCGAGAAGCGUCUGUCACUUAUGUCAAGAUUUCUGCUUUCUCGGCUCUUUCGUCUGCGAUCGAGACGGCUGUGGCUUCUGCUACGAGAGCGCUGGAUCAGCCUGACGUGCCACUCAUCAUCAGCUCGGUCAAGUUCGCUGUCAACAUCAUCUUGGACAUGAUCGUGAUCUCAAAAUUCCAUGUUCCGGGCAUCACUCCAACUGUCAACAUUCAAGCCGCAACGCAGCUGGCAUGCGGUCUCGUCGCUUCUUUCGCUGGUCUGGCCUACUUCAUCUGUACGACAAAGCGUAAACUGCGAACUGGCAACCAAUCUGCAACUCAGUCAGUCCUACCCUCAUUCAAGGCACUCCUCAUCCUCGCCCGUCCAGGCUUCUCAACCUUCGCCGAGUCCGCCAUACGGAACGCCCUUUACCUCUGGCUCGUCAGUGGCGUAGUCGCUCUCGGCUCAACCUACGCCACAGCAUGGGGCGUCUUCAACACCAUCCGCUGGGGUCUAGUCAUGGUUCCCGUGCAAGCUCUCGAAGCGACGUCUCUCGUCUUCGUCGCUCAUGCGUGGGGAUCUUGGCGAGCCGUCAACUCCACUUCAAACCGUCCUCGCGUCACGAGGAACGACCUCCUCAAAAUCGUCCGUCCAGCACUGACGUCCUCUGCCAUUGCGUUGGCGGCGGAGGUACCGAUAUGCCUCUUCCUCUCCUUCUACGCCGCCCGCCGAUUCGCCCUCUUCAUCUCCGCUGACGAUGAAGUAGCUGCUAUCACGGAACAUAUGUGGAAGACCAUCGACUGGUGCUACAUCUGCUACGCGAUAUCCACGCAGCUGGCGACGAUAUUGCUGGCGACUAGACCGCGCUGGUAUUUGUAUCAGUCGUUGGCGAGUAAUCUGUUGUGGGUCUUGCCUUGGGCGGUAGUGGCGACGAGGAAAGAUUUGGAUGAGGGAAGUGCGUGGAAGUGGCAUUCGAUUAUCUUUGGGGGAAGUGUGGUGUUCAGUUUGGGGUGUGUUUUGGUUGUGCUGGGUGGCUGGGCGGUGGUGUUAAUGAAGGGGAGGAUGAGGUUGGCGCCGGUUGUGGUGCAGAAUCGGGCUUGA